AAAAAACAAGCAUCACAGUCCGAAAUCGUUGCCAUCUCUCGAGUCUCGUAUUCAACUCCUCUUUCCUAAAUUUCUCUGUCAUCACUCAUCACCGAUCUCAGAACUCCCAAAUAAUUAAUUAAAAAAUCUCAAGCUCACGAAUCGAUGAGGCGGGAGUGAGAUGCGACGAGAUCCAUCGGGGCUUCCUUCGUUCUCCGGCGGCGGAGGUGGAAGCGGCGGCGACGGUCGAUCGAUCGACGAUUUCGAGGUUUCUCCAGGGCCGCUGCUAUUCUUGCCGCUGCUCUUGCUCCAAGGAGGCGGCAUGGAUCUCACUAGGGUUGGGGAGAAGAUCCUCAGCUCUGUUCGUUCUGCUAGAUCUCUUGGAUUGUUGCCAGCACCGCUGGCUUCUGAUCGGCCUGAGGUGCCAGCUCGUGCAGCAGCUGCAGCUGCUGUUGCUCGAGCUUUAGCUGGAAUGCCUCCACAUCAAAGACUUGCCCUUCCAUCAAAUUCAGAAGAAAUGGUCUCAAUUUAUGGAACCAGGUCGCAAGAUCACGUCAUAGAAGAACUGGAGGAAAAUUUCUAUGAAGAGGAUUUUGAUCCAGUCAAAUACAUUUUGGAGAAUAUUCCAUCUGAAGAAGCUGAUGCUUUCUAUUUUGAAGAGAAGGCAACUCUUCGGUUACUACAGUUGGAUAGAAUAACAGAACGUCUGUCCCGACAUGUGAUGGAGCACCAUGAAGAAAUGGUGAAGGGGAUGCAAUUAGUGAUGGAACUGGAGCAAGACUUAAAAGUUGCAAAUGUCAUUUGCAGGAAUGGGCGAAGACACAUAUCUUCUUCUAUGCACGAGGUGUCACGGGAUCUGGUUGUCCAUUCAAAUUCAAAAAAGAAACAAGCUUUAUUGGACAUACUUCCUAUUCUUACCGAUCUUCAUCAUGCUGUAGACAUGCAGAUGGAACUUGAAACUCUGGUUCAGGAAGGAAACUACUUCCGGGCAUUUCAACUGUUACCUGAGUACUUGCAAGUUCUGGAGAGUUAUUCCGAACUCUCUGCUGUUCAAGAAAUGGGCCGUGGUAUAGAGGCUUGGCUAACUAGGACACUUCAAAAGCUUGAUUCACUAUUAUUAGGAGUAUGCCAAAUGUUCAACAAAGAGAGCUACGUAACUGCAGUUGAUGCUUAUGCCUUAGUAGGAGAUGUAGCCGGUCUGGCCGAGAAAAUUCAGAGCUUCUUUAUGCAGGAAGUUCUAUCCGAAACUCAUUCUGUAUUGAAGGAUAUCGUCCAAGAGGAAAUUGGAAACAAUGCACAGAGAAACAGGCUUACAUACAGCGAUCUCUGCUCCUUGAUACCUGAAUCCAAGUUUAGGCAGUGCUUGUUGAAUACUCUGGAUGCAUUAUUUAGGCUAAUGUGUUCAUAUUAUGCAAUCAUGAGCUUUCAGCCAGAGGAAAGGGGUUCAGAAUAUCAAAUCUCAAACAUUGAGUUGAGUAGUAGUAAUGGAUCUCAAUGUGGGGGAGAUGGUCUUCUAUCUGAUUCGGGGGUUUCAAGAGAUCCAGGUGAUUUGUUUGAACCAGUCAUUGAAGUAAAAGGUCUGUCUCCGGAGGAGAAUGCUGAUGCCUCCUGUGCCUCAUUGGGUGGUGAUAUAACAGGACAUGGAUCCACAUCCCCAAGUACAUCUUCUGUUUCCGUGGAUGAUGUUCAUAUUUCUUUGUCAAGCAGUGAAUCUCCUUUUUAUCAGCUAAGGAAAGAUGCCGCUGCAUUUGUUUCUCAAACUCUGGAAAGAGGACGGAGAAACUUAUGGCAACUAAUAACAAGUCGUGUAUCUGUAUUGCUCUCUUGUUCUGCUGUUAGCUCAAGCAGCACAUUCCAGUUUCUGAAAAACUAUGAAGAUCUUAAUAUAUUUAUUUUGGCUGGUGAAGCAUUCUGUGGGCUUGAAGCUACUGAGUUCAGGCGGAGACUAAGGAGUGUUUCUGAAAAUUACAUGGCAGCAUUCCACAAGCAGAAUGUUUAUGCACUCAAAAUGGUACUGGAGAAGGAGAGCUGGGUUAAGAUUUCUGGAGACACACACCAAGUAAUUAGUCUGGCCGGUCUUAUUGGUGAUGGUGCCCCCCUAAUUGUGUCCUCUGCAACCAAUACUUCCACGUUGUCAUUGCUUCGCUCCAAAAAAAUAUCAGAGAAGGUCGACACUGGGAGGCAGAACAAUGGAUUUUCUUAUUGGCUAAGAAUUAGUAAUCCAUUUUCAUCAAAGCUGACAAGUGGCUCUUAUGAAUCAUUAAAUGCUCAAAUAUUGGUCAAUGGGUCACCAACAUCAGGGCUGGCUGAUGCAAAUGACGAUACCUCGCAUUGUGAUAGAAUUUCUGAAAAAAGCCACUCUCAAGGUCAUGCUAAUGGUAAUAGCUCUGCUGUGGAAGAUGAAAAUGAGGAUCUUCUAGCUGACUUUAUUGAUGAGGAUAGUCAGCUGCCCAGUCGAAUAUCCAAACCUAUGCAUGCAAAAAACAGUACUGCCAACUGGAAUGAUGAGGAGGUUUCUUCUCAAACAGGGUCCUCCAUUUGCCUAUUGAGGUUGAUGGACAAAUAUGCCAGGCUCAUGCAGAAACUAGAGAUAGUUAAUGUUGAGUUUUUUAAGGGCAUCUGCCAGCUGUUUGGGAUAUUCUACCAUUUUGUAUUUGAAACUUUUGGUCAGAGGGAUACGAGUCAAAGCGGGAAGUUUCCGCCAGAUUAUCUACCAUCUCGCCUCAAAACUGCGUUAUCAAAAGUUCUGCAAGAUUGUGACCAGUGGAUAAGACCUCAAAAUCUAUCAUUUUCUUCCUCCUCGCCUACAUCAUUAAACACAUCUUUCUCCCACAUUGACAUAAUGCCCACUAUUCCAUCUAGCACAAUCAUCGGAUAUGCUCCUAAUACUUCAUUUGGAUUGAAGGAAAGGUGUGCAGCUGCUGACACGAUCUCUCUUAUUGCUCGCGUGCUACACAAAUCCAAAGCUCAUAUCCAGUCCAUGCUAUUGCAACAUAAUGCAACUAUAGUUGAAGAUUUUUAUGGGAAUGUGGUUGAUUCUGUACCAGACCUGACGGAGCAUAUACAUAGGACAACUGCAAGAAUGCUUCUUCAUAUCAGUGGGUAUGCAGAUAAGAUCGCCAAUGCUAAGUGGGAAGUAAAAGAUCUAGGUCUCGAGCAUAAUGGGUAUGUUGACUUGUUAUUGGGAGAGUUCAAACAUUAUCAUACAAGGCUCGCGCAUGGUGGAAUCUCUAAGGAGGUCCAAGAUCUCCUUUUAGACUAUGGACUUGAAAAUGUUGCGGAAACACUCAUUGAAGGUCUAUCACGAGUAAAGAGAUGCACAGAUGAAGGAAGAGUGUUGAUGUCGUUAGAUCUUCAGGUUUUGAUUAAUGGACUCCAACACUUUGUCUCCGUUGGCGUCAAGACAAAAUUGCAAGUCGUUGAAACAUUCAUUAAGGCCUUUUAUCUUCCAGAGACGGAGUACGUGCACUGGGCACGGUCUCAUCCAAAAGUAUACAAAAGCCAAAUUGUAGAUUUAGUUCACUUAUUAGCCACCAUGAAGGGUUGGAAAAGGAAGACUAGGUUGGAGACAAUAGAAAGGAUCGAGGCAAGCAAUUGAGUAUUGAUGUACAAGCACACAUGUAAAGUCAUAUUUUGUGUUUUAUUUAUUUAUUUUUCCUUCAUUAUGUAGAUGUAAAAUAGAUAUAUAUUAUAACCCCAUUGAUUCCGGCCCUGUAUAUCCUUGCAAAGAGGUAUGUCAUUUGUAUCAUAUAGGAGGAAGAAAUCGGGAUCUACUCUGACCUCCUUCCCCCAAUAAAGUAUAGAUCACUAUUAUUAUUUGAAGCUGCUAAGCUUCCAGCAUAGGGUAGCUUAUUAAGUAUAUGAAUGUGUUUUUUUCCCAAUUUUUCUUUUUGGAGCAAAGAAAAAUGUAUCAGAAAGUGUAAGAACUGAACAAGUAACGCUCAAAAUAUCUUCCAUUUGUUGUAUUUUUGUUCA